CGGAGGCGGAGGCCGCGAACAGGAGGCGCCGGCGGCGGGGGCAGGACGCACACCCUGCCGGCCGAUCCGCUCCCGGACCGGCGCCGGCGCUCGCCCGGACCCGGGUUGGGGGGCUCAGUAGAGGGGCCCUCGCAGCUUCUAACGCGCCGGCCCCCGGCCCGCGUGGCCAAUCAAGGGGUGCGGGCCGACUUGGCGGGGAUUGCGAAUCUCGGCGGCAGCAUGAGGAAGAGGCGGCGAGGACGGAUGCCCCAGAGGCUGGCAGCCCCGAGGCGCCUUGGUUGGCCCCGGGCCUCGCUUGCGUUCACCGGUGCCCUCCUGGUCACUCGGGGACGCGAAGAGAGAGCAAGCCGGGCGCCCCCUCCCCGCCCCGGGCCCAGGCCGAGCUCCCGGCCCGGGCCCCCGCACUUCCUGCCGGCUCCACCGAGGCCAGCUGGGCAGGGAGCCUCGCCAGGAGUUCAUUGUCUGUGCCGCGCCGGCGGGAUGCUGGUCCCCAGGGGAGCACAGCGGCUGCUGUGAGCGCCCCUUGGAGCGGGGCGUCCGAUACCACCCUGGGCAGCCGCGCCGCGGGCACCCAGGCUGUCUUCCGUACUGACUCCCCAGGGUGCGCACGUUUGUGAGGAGCUAUAGAUAGCCAAGUACACACAUCCCCCUUGCUUUCUAAUUCCUCGGAGAACCCCGGGUUUGAAGGGACCCCUGGAGAGCAGAUGCCUCAGGGAGAAGCUGCGCGAGGGCCUGCAGCUCCUCCCUGUCCCCUUUUCCCUCCCCAGCUCGCUUCUGCAGGCAUGGCCUGCUGCUUUGUACCCAGUGCAGCCCCUGCCUGGUCGCGUUGAGAGAUAGAUUAGAUGAUACAGGAGCAGGACGAGAGUAGCUGUGGAGCGUGAAGUCUUUAGGCCCUUGUCCUGCUCGACUCUCUUGAUAACCUCUGGCCACAGCCCAGCCCUGCUCUGAAAAGUUCAUUUCCUGGAGGCCUGCGCGGGAAGGCGUUGGGGCCGGCUCCCUUCCUGCCAGUCUUGCUCCUGGACAGAAUAGCUGGUGCUGAAUCUGCACCACGUGGGUUGCCAGACACUUGGCUUCUCCUUCCUUCUAAAGCCCCAGGAGAGUCAGGGGCACCUGGCCCCACCGAGACCCUCCCUGUGGUCUUAAGUCUCAAGCGCCGGCUCCUUUCUUUCAUUGAGAGAAGUUGCGGCAGCUGAGCGCCUCAUCCAGUUUCUCAAUCUGGAGCAGGCAGACUUGCUCUACAGAACUGGAGGUUCCAGAGGGUUCUGAUUGUGGGACAAAGAGGCCAGAAGAGAAGAUUCCCAGAAGACGACAGGGAAGAGGAGAACAGAAAGAAGAGCUUUGCAGAUUGAAAUAAUAUUUGAUUUCUUUCCUUGGCUAACUACCCAGUUCUUGGAGAGUGACCCAGAAGAAAAGUGGAAUUGGAAUUAUUGUUGAAGAGGGGGAGGCCUCGGACUUCUCGCUGGCCUGGGAUUCCUCUGUGGCAGCAGCAGGAGGCCUGGAAGGAGAGCCAGAGUGUGAUCGGAAAACCAGCCGUGCGCUGGAAGACAGGAACAGCGUGACAAGUCAAGAGGAGAGAAAUGAGGACGAUGAAGACGUGGAAGAUGAGUCAAUUUACACCUGCGAUCACUGUCAGCAGGACUUCGAGUCUCUGGCAGACCUGACGGACCACCGGGCCCACCGCUGUCCUGGAGAUGGUGAUGACGACCCACAGCUCUCCUGGGUGGCUUCAUCUCCCUCCAGCAAGGAUGUUGCGUCACCUACGCAGAUGAUAGGAGAUGGUUGUGACCUCGGCCUCGGCGAGGAGGAAGGCGGCACCGGCCUGCCCUACCCUUGCCAGUUCUGCGACAAGUCCUUCAUCCGCCUGAGCUACUUGAAGAGGCAUGAACAGAUCCACAGCGACAAGCUGCCGUUCAAGUGCACCUUCUGCAGCCGCCUCUUCAAACACAAGAGGAGCCGAGACCGGCACAUCAAGCUGCACACGGGCGACAAGAAGUACCACUGUCACGAGUGCGAGGCAGCUUUCUCCCGCAGCGACCACCUCAAGAUCCACCUGAAGACCCACAGCUCCAGCAAGCCGUUCAAGUGCAGCGUGUGCAAGCGCGGCUUCUCCUCCACCAGCUCCCUGCAGAGCCACAUGCAGGCCCACAAGAAGAACAAGGAACACCUGGCCAAGUCGGAGAAGGAAGCCAAGAAGGACGACUUCAUGUGCGACUACUGCGAGGAUACCUUUAGCCAGACAGAGGAGCUGGAGAAGCACGUGCUCACCCUCCACCCGCAGCUCUCAGAGAAGGCGGAUCUACAGUGCAUCCACUGCCCAGAGGUCUUUGUUGAUGAGAGCACGCUGCUUGCCCACAUCCACCAAGCCCACGCCAACCAGAAACACAAGUGCCCCAUGUGCCCUGAGCAGUUCUCCUCUGUGGAGGGUGUGUACUGCCACCUGGACAGCCACCGGCAGCCCGACUCCAGUAACCACAGCGUCAGCCCUGACCCUGUGCUGGGCAGUGUGGCUUCCAUGAGCAGUGCUACACCUGACUCCAGCGCCUCUGUGGAGCGCGGGUCCACGCCAGACUCCACCUUGAAGCCACUGAGGGGGCAGAAGAAGAUGCGGGAUGAUGGGCAGAGCUGGCCCAAGGUCGUCUACAGCUGCCCCUAUUGUUCUAAGCGGGACUUUACCAGCCUGGCUGUGCUAGAGAUUCAUCUGAAGACCAUUCACGCGGAUAAACCUCAGCAGAGUCACACGUGUCAGAUCUGCCUUGACUCCAUGCCCACGCUCUACAACCUCAAUGAGCAUGUGCGCAAGCUGCACAAGAGCCACGCCUACCCCGUCAUGCAGUUUGGCAACAUCUCUGCCUUCCACUGCAACUACUGCCCCGAGAUGUUUGCUGACAUCAACAGCCUGCAGGAGCACAUUCGAGUCUCGCACUGUGGCCCCAAUGCCAACCCCCCUGAUGGGAAUAAUGCUUUCUUCUGCAACCAGUGCUCCAUGGGCUUCCUCACCGAGUCCUCGCUCACAGAGCACAUCCAACAGGCGCAUUGCAGUGUGGGGAGCACCAAGCUGGAGUCUCCUGUUGUUCAGCCCACACAGUCCUUCAUGGAGGUCUACUCCUGCCCUUACUGUACCAACUCCCCUAUCUUUGGCUCCAUCCUGAAGCUCACUAAACACAUUAAAGAGAACCACAAGAACAUCCCGCUGGCACACAGCAAGAAGUCCAAGGCUGAGCAGAGCCCAGUCUCCUCCGACGUCGAGGUGUCUUCCCCGAAACGACAGCGCCUCUCGGGGAGCGCCAACUCCAUCUCUAAUGGCGAGUACCCCUGCAAUCAGUGCGACCUCAAGUUCUCCAACUUCGAGAGCUUCCAGACCCACCUGAAGCUGCACCUGGAGCUGCUGCUUCGGAAACAGGCCUGCCCCCAGUGCAAAGAGGACUUCGACUCUCAGGAGUCCCUCCUGCAGCAUCUGACGGUGCAUUACAUGACUACAUCCACCCACUACGUGUGCGAGAGCUGUGACAAGCAGUUCUCCUCGGUGGAUGACCUACAGAAGCACCUGCUGGACAUGCACACCUUUGUGCUAUACCACUGCACGCUGUGUCAGGAGGUCUUCGACUCCAAGGUGUCCAUCCAGGUGCACCUGGCCGUGAAGCACAGCAACGAGAAGAAGAUGUACCGCUGCACAGCCUGCAACUGGGACUUCCGCAAGGAGGCUGACCUGCAGGUGCACGUCAAACACAGCCACCUCGGCAACCCGGCCAAGGCCCACAAGUGCAUCUUCUGCGGCGAGACCUUCAGCACCGAGGUGGAGCUGCAGUGCCACAUCACCACACACAGCAAGAAGUACAACUGCAGGUUCUGCAGCAAGGCCUUCCAUGCCGUCAUCCUGCUGGAGAAGCACCUGCGGGAGAAGCACUGCGUGUUUGACGCUGCCGCGGAGAAUGGCACGGCCAACGGGGUGCCCCCCACCUCCACCAAGAAGGCAGAGCCCGCCGACCUGCAGGGCAUGCUGCUCAAGAAUCCUGAGGCGCCGAACAGCCACGAGGCCAGUGAGGAUGACGUGGACGCAUCAGAGCCCAUGUAUGGCUGUGACAUCUGCGGUGCAGCCUACACCAUGGAGGUGUUGCUGCAGAACCACCGCCUCCGGGAUCACAACAUCCGGCCCGGCGAGGACGACGGCUCACGCAAGAAGGCAGAAUUCAUAAAGGGCAGCCAUAAGUGUAACGUGUGCUCUCGGACUUUCUUCUCGGAGAACGGGCUCCGGGAACACCUGCAGACGCACCGGGGCCCUGCCAAGCACUACAUGUGUCCCAUCUGUGGCGAGCGCUUCCCCUCGCUGCUGACACUCACCGAGCACAAGGUGACCCACAGCAAGAGUCUGGACACGGGCACCUGUCGCAUCUGCAAAAUGCCACUGCAGAGUGAGGAGGAGUUCAUUGAGCACUGCCAGAUGCACCCCGACUUACGGAACUCCCUCACCGGCUUCCGCUGUGUGGUCUGUAUGCAGACUGUCACCUCGACGCUGGAACUCAAGAUCCAUGGCACCUUUCACAUGCAGAAGCUGGCUGGCAGCUCAGCUGCCUCCUCCCCCAAUGGCCAGGGACUGCAGAAGCUCUACAAAUGCGCCCUGUGCCUCAAAGAGUUCCGUAGCAAGCAGGACCUGGUCAGGCUUGAUGUCAAUGGGCUGCCCUAUGGCCUGUGUGCCGGCUGCAUGGCCCGGAGUGCCAAUGGACAGGUGGGUGGCCUGGCCCCACCCGAACCUGCUGACCGGCCCUGUGCCGGCCUCCGCUGCCCUGAAUGUAACGUGAAGUUCGAGAGUGCUGAGGACCUGGAGAGCCACAUGCAGGUGGACCACCGUGAUCUUACACCAGAGACCAGUGGGCCCCGGAAAGGUGCCCAGACGUCACCAGUGCCCAGGAAGAAGACGUACCAGUGUAUCAAGUGCCAGAUGACGUUCGAGAACGAGAGAGAGAUUCAGAUCCACGUCGCCAACCACAUGAUCGAGGAAGGCAUUAACCAUGAGUGUAAACUGUGCAACCAGAUGUUCGACUCCCCAGCCAAGCUCCUCUGCCACCUCAUUGAGCACAGCUUCGAGGGCAUGGGCGGUACCUUCAAGUGCCCCGUCUGCUUCACAGUCUUCGUCCAGGCCAACAAGCUGCAACAGCAUAUCUUUGCCGUGCACGGGCAGGAGGACAAAAUCUACGACUGCUCGCAGUGCCCACAGAAGUUUUUCUUCCAGACAGAGUUGCAGAACCACACGAUGAGCCAGCACGCACAGUGAGGGACCUCGCGACAGGACACCUCUCCGCAGAAGGCUUGCCGGAGACGCCGUGGGGAGGGCCAUUUGAACAUUACAUCCAAUCAAAGUGUCAUUUGCAACCCAGAUGUAAAACUCUAAUGAUUUGGCCAUGAGGCGCUGCUAUUAUAAGCAGCUGGAAAUGAAUAUUAAUGGCAGAGAUUAAAAGUAUUCCAUGCUCAGUGUUUUUAUUGUCCUGCUCCAGCUAGUGUGCUUUUAGAGUUUUCGCCGCAGACUACAUUUCUAGUGUUAGAGAAACCUGCUUUUUGAGGCUAUUGUCCUUUGUUCCUUCAUGUAUUAUAUUAAUAGUUUUUUUUUUAAGGAUUAGUGUGAUUUUUUUUUUGCUUCUUUUCUAUUUCUUUCUUGUUUUUCUUUCUCCCCCCCCCCCCCUUCAGUUAACUACUUUUUAAUUGCAAUUCUAGGUAAUUGUGCAUCGUGAUGUGAUUGCUUGGCUAUUGUCUGAAUAUUUCCUUUUAAUUUUUUAAUUAAAGACUAAUGCUUUGAUUGGAUUUGCCAGUUCACCGGACAGUGAUUAAAACUCUGUAAUGAAUAUAAUCGGUUUCCGUGCAACUGGAUGGUCUGCUUUUAAAUGUGACUUGAUCUGACUGCAGUAACUAGUUCAGCUCAAUAAAGGGAAUCCAUGCGAUCAGCAA